UUCCCCUUUAAAAUGUUUUGGAAACGUCGAUGCUGUUCUGUCCAGAGCUGUGAGGAGGGGGGAGGAAGGGGGAGGGGGCCGGGAGAUAACUCAGUGUGACAUAUAGGCUUUUCACAGGCAGGAGAAACCCCGCAGAGGUCACACGCGCGUUUUCACCAUGUAGAAGCAGACAGACGGACUGACUCAGCUUCAUCUUCAAACUUCAACACAACACGCACCCUGGGCUGCUGUGACUGCAAACACCGACUGACGUAUUCUAUUUCUCCACAGACACAAGAUAAAAAACGCAGGAGCAGAAAAUGGCAGCCACAGAUAUCCUUUACUUCACUUUGUGGAUCGCCACAGUCUUCACCACCGGACUCGGAUGCCCUGAGCUCUGUACCUGCUCAGAUAAAUACGGCCGACAUUUUGCUGAAUGCUCCUACAAAAACUUAAUUGAAGUCCCAGAUGGUUUGCCUCCUAACGUUACAACUGUGAGUCUCUCUGCUAACAAGAUCAGUCUGAUACCAAUGGGGAGCUUCGACAAUGUCACCCGGGUGACGUCGCUGUGGAUGGCCCACAAUCAGAUCGUCUCCAUCGAACAAGGGACCCUCACGCCUUUGGUUCACCUGCGUAACUUUGACAUCAGCCACAAUAAAAUUGAAGACUUUCCUUGGGAGGAUCUGCAGAGCCUCACAGGCCUGCAGCUGUUGAAGAUGAACAACAACGAGAUGGUCCACCUGCCGAGGGACGCCUUCUCCAACCUCAAAGACCUGAGGUCCCUCCGACUCAACGAUAACAAAUUCAUAACCAUAGCUGAAGGGACGUUUGAGGGUUUGGUGUCUUUGUCCCAUUUGCAGAUUUAUAAAAAUCCUUUUGCAUGCACCUGCUCCCUCGACUGGCUCAGAGACUGGAUUUCAACAACCACCAUCACAGUCCCAGAGCAGAAUUUGAUCAUUUGUGCAUCUCCAGAGAAACUUAAAGGGGAAGUGAUCGGAAAAUUGCCCGAGUCAAAGUGCACAAGCACAAAUGUCACAAUACGAACUGAGCCAAACAUUCACAACACAACUUUCUAUGAGGGCAGUUCAUUGGUCUUGACUUGUGAAUUCACAGGAAACCCAAAGCCCCUGGUCAUGUGGAAUAUUCACAGCAAAGGCCAGAAGCAAGAAUUGGCUUUGUCGUUCACCGAGGAUGACUCAGCAGAAUCAAAUGCGGACUCCUUACUGUCCCACAAUCCUGUCAAAGUCUUUUAUAAUGGGACUCUUAUCAUUUCACACCUUAGGAAGGAAGACGGUGGCAACUACAGCUGCUCGGCCACAAAUGAAUUUGGAAGAGCUGAGGAUUCGGUGUCAGUGGAGGUGGUGGCUUCCCCAAAACCAACACCCAUAAAACAAUUGACCACAACACCUACUUACUCUAAAACACACCCAUCUAUACACCAAACAACAGACAAAACAUCUGUUUUUGAUUCUGUGCGUCUCCCUGAUUUAAAGAGAAAAGAAAUCGUGAACAUCGCACCCACUGUGGAGAUCAAGUCUUCGGAGGCAACAAGAUAUCCGUCACAUGCUAGUAAAUGUGGCUUGACGGCUAAUACGAGAUACAUUUCUAGCCAUGUCUUUAACGGGAGCCUGGAUGAUAUCAAGCAGUACACAUUUGACUUUGGUGUCAUUGCAUUAGGGGUGUCAGAAACAGAGGCGACAGUGCGACUCAAUCCUCUUCUCAUACCCAGAGACAAGAGCACCAACCGGGCCGUCGCCGCCACCAUCGCUGCCGCCACAUCGGAGAGCUUUCACACUGACAGUGAAGAGCGUAAAGGCCUUUCAGAUGUUUCUGAAAAAGUCCAGUCAAAUGGCUUGUAUCUGUGCAUCACUGACGACCACAAACACUCAGCUGUGCAGUGGUCGAGGAUCAAAGAGGGCAUCAACACGUAUCUGUUCAGUGGUUUACACCCUGGCACCAACUACUCCAUGUGUCUGACCUACAGAGGGGAGGACUGUGAGGUCCAGGUGCUGUUCACCACCAGGAGGAGGGUACCGAACCUCAUCAUCAUCAUCUCGGUCAGCAUCUGCCUCCUCACCGUGUCUACUGUGCCUCUCCUCGGAGCAACAUGCUUCCACCUGGUGUACAAAUACCGCAGCAAGACCUACAAGCUGAUCCUGAAGGCCAAAGACCAGUACCACAUGGAGAGAAACCUCGCUGCCAACUUUAACAUCCACGCAUCUCACACCGAGUCUCAGAGGAAGAAUAACGGCAGCCAGCUGGACGAGGAGGAGGGGGAGACGGAGACAGAGAGCGCAGACGGAGAGAAAGAAGCCGAUACAGAAGAAAGUAUCAUGACUGAGUCAUUUACUUUGUCUCAGUGCAGGGGGAAUUUAGACAACUGUGAGGUAGGAUCUGAGUAUAGUGAUAGGUUACCUUUGGGAGCUGAAGCAGUGAAUAUUAUAAGCAACUAUAAAUAUCCAAAUCAGUAAUUUUUGACUGACUGACAUAACAUCAUUUGCAGCUUUCUUUUGCAUUUGGUAAAAGGGUAAAACAGGAUUUUUUCAGUUUGUGCCAAUGGUUUAGGUUCCCGUUAGCCUUUUAAAGGCAAUCCAGAAAUAUUGCUUUGUUCCACAGAGAUCUGACAAGACUCAAAGUACGUUUACUUGCUUUAAACCACACCCCAAGCUGCAUCAUUCGGUGACCAGACAGUCUACCAGCUGCCAGGCUCUAUCGAUUGUCAGUGGAUGUUUUCCAGACAAACGUUUUGGUGAAAGCUGAACUAGGCCUGGCUUAGGCCCUGUUAACCUUGUUACUACAUACUUGAAAUAGGAAAUAUCACGGUUUGUUUUCCUCCUAUCAAAAUAGGCAAUUUUCUGUUAUGCAUUCAUGUACGCUUCUUAAAAACAACUUCUAUAAAAAACACUUGAAAGCAAAAAUACAAACAGUUUGUGUUCCAGAGAGAGAAACUGAGUGCUGAACCUCAAAAUUAUAAAUCAAAGCAUUCAAUGUCUGUGCAGCUUCAUAUUUUAUUAAGAUGUUAUUGGUGAUGUGUUUCAGUCAGAGGCCUUCCUCAGAGCAUGAGAAGUGUUUAAAGGAAUAGUUUGACUCUUGCAGAGCGUUAGAUGAGAACAUCAAUACCACUCUCAUGUCUGUCUGGUAAAUAUGCAGCUACAGCCAGCAGCCUGUUAGCUUAGCUUAGCUUAGCACAAGGACUGGAAACAGGGGCAAACAGCUAGGAUACUAACAGCUUUAGUAAGCUAGUUGGCUUUAAAAAACACAUAGAGUAUAGAAUAAAGAGAAAAUGCUAAGAAUUUUUUUAUAUUUCUGGAUCAAUAUCUGUCCCAAGAUACACAUAGUGAUAGACAAUCAUGGGAUGCAUAAAGCAGAUAUAUUAAAUUUAUUUAAGUAAGUGCAGUAUUUCAUAAGAGGUUUUUUUUUCUAAAAUGCCUUAAGAAAUCCCGUAAAAAAGAAAUCCUGGAUCUGGUCAUGUUCUUUGGUCCAUGGUGUACUUUCUACCAAAUUUCAGUAAAAUCUGCUAACACCAUUUAGAGACACUUGACGGACAGAAAAACAGAAAAAGAUAUCACCUCCUUGGCAAGGUUAUAAUCCAUCACAGUAAACACGAAGGCUUAUUUGUUCAUUUGUGCCUCUCAAAAUUUUGUAGCAACGUUCGACUUGAGCCACUGAUAACCAUCAAUUGCCAAAAUGUUCUCAGAGACUGACAGUGCCGUCCAUGAAGUCAAUCCUUAAAUAAACAAUAAAUGGGUCCUAAAGUUUUUUAAAAGUCUCUGUAUUAACAGUAUUUCACCAUGUCCAAGUUAAUAGUUUUCAACAGCACAAACACCCAGAGGAAGAAGUCUCUGCCAGUGAAUAAUCAAAAUGUCUUAUUAUAAACUUAAUUAUUGCCGCUGUCUAUUUAUUUAGAGCAUCUUUGUUAAAACCUGUUUCUAAUAAACAGCUAGUGAGUGAAAACAAGACCGGAGCACAAAACAAAUUGCCCUGAUUUGUGCUAGCUGGGGUCAGGAUGAGGACGGUGGUUACUAUCAAGAUAUGUUUUCCAACAAGAAAAGACGUCUUAAAUCAAAUGUAACAAAGCUUGUAUCACAUGUGACAUGCAUUGCAAAAUAAUUAGAAAAAAUGUCAACUAGAUAUAGGCAGUAGUAAAUGGGCUAACUGUAACUAAACGAUACCAGUAUUCUGCUUUAAACUACUUACAGUAAAUUUGUGCUGUUGUAUUGCGAGUGCAGUAGCUUUAAAAUGCAGAAACUCAAUCCUCUCAUCAGGGAGUUUAAAUGUUUAGAAAAACUGUGUUGUUUCAAAGAGAAAACCGUUGUGUCCCGCAGCUAUGAGCUCGUUGUCCAGUUAUACUGUGAACAUUUCCUAUGAAGAUAACUGUUUUCAUGUUGAAAAAAAAUUGGGUGUCUUAAAUAAGCUCUCUGUCUCGCUGGUGAAAAAUGUGGACAAGUUAGUUCAAUAUCAUCAUCCACCAAGUCUACUGCCGUGUAUAACAGUACAAGCACUUCUGAGUGUGGAUGUGAAGUUAUUGCCUUGUUGUAUGUGGGUCAUGGGUCCAUCCUGUUGUGUUUCCCAGAGUACUGUGUUAGAAGACAUGCAUGCUGCCUGUUGUUGAGUCGCAGUAUGCUGUGUCUUGUGUAAAUAUUCUUGACUUAAAGAAUAACUUUGGGCCUCUGUUUGCUGCUGUCUUUUUUUUUCUGUUUUAUACCCCUGUAAUAAAGGAAACAGUAUGUUUUUACCAAAGUGUUUGAAUAUCCUCACUAACUCUCCUAAUCCUAUGUGCCUCAAUAAAGUUUUGACAAAGGAA